UGAAAACACUUUCUCACUCUCUUAUCCGUAGACGUUUGCUCAUUGUCUCUCCUCUAAACUCGGACUUCACUACUCUUCUUCUCUCCACUGUCUUACCUCAAAGCUCACCUCUAAUGGCGACUUCUUCACUUUCCUCUGCAACUUCCUAUCUUCACUCUUUCAGCCGUCGCAACUCCUCCAACAUCUCUCUUCAAGGGGUUAGCAAUGUGGAAUGUAAAUUUGCGCAAAACCAAAUUGCAAGAACCAAUGUUUCAGUUUGGAGGUCUGCUGCUAACUAUGUUGGGAUGGAUUGUGGUGUGAAGAAGUUUUCUGGGAAGGCUGUUGUUAUAAAACAUUUGCCGAACCGAGCAGGAACUUUUAGGUGUGCAACUAUGGAGGAAAUCGAAGCUGAAAAGUCGUUGAUAGAGACGGAUACUAAACAAAGGAUGGAGAAGACUAUUGAUACAAUACGCUCAAAUUUCAAUUCUGUAAGGACAAAUCGAGCUAAUCCAUCAAUGUUGGAUCGGAUAGAAGUUGAGUAUUACGGAACUCCAGUCAGCUUGAAAAGCAUUGCUCAAAUAAGUACCCCAGAUGCCAGUUCUCUUUUGAUUACACCUUAUGACAAAUCAAGCUUGAAGUCAAUAGAGAAGGCAUUAGUGAGCUCUCAACUUGGUAUAACUCCUAGUAAUGACGGUGAAGUUAUCCGGCUGUCCCUGCCUCCCUUAACUACAGAUAGAAGGAAGGAGCUUUCAAAAGUUGUUUCUAAACUCGCAGAAGAAGGAAAGGUUGCAGUUAGGAACAUAAGAAGAGAUGCUCUGAAGGCUUAUGAAAAACUUGAGAAGGAGAAAAAACUAUCAGAAGACAACGUGAAAGACCUAUCUGCUGAUCUACAGAAGCUGACUGAUGAGUACAUGAAGAAGGUUGAGUCUAUCUACAAGCAGAAAGAACAGGAGUUGAUGAAAGUCUAAGAGACUAAGAGCUGAAAGAGCUGUAGCUUUGCAAACGUUACAACUGUGGCUCCAAUGUCCUUAAUGGUAAAAUAUGAUGCUAGAGCUUUCCUUGGCGGUUUCUCUUGUGAAUAGCACUCAAAUUUCUCGAAAAUAGGUUUUGAUUUAUCAAACCUUGAUAGAAAUGGACUACUCUGAUUAUCAUGUUUGUAAUAGGGUCUAGUGGAAUAUUUUUUUUCUGUUUUUUUUUUUUUUUUUGUUGGAAGAUUCAGUGGAAGAUGAUAACCACUUUAAACAGUUGAAAAAUUUGCUCAUACAUACUUGAUAAAGCUUGUAAAUGUGCCUCUUCUUGUGUAAUUGCUGCCGUAUACUGUGUAGUUCAGUUGCCCUAUUAAUCUGUUAUAGCAAAUUAGCAAUAUUGGUAGAUUGCU